AUGCGGAAAGCAAAGACAAACAAUACCGGAUUCGGUUACUUAUGGGAGAAUGGUGUAGGCUGUCCAAUUGGUACAGUCCCUAUACGAAGAGUCACCAAAGAUGAUCUCUUGAGCUUAAACUCGUUAGACGAUGAUAAAUAUAAACCUCGUGGUUCUUGGAGCACUAACUUUAAUGAUUCUAAUAACCCUGUUCAUAACGACCAGUAUCAUUAUGCGGUGGGUCGGACGAAUAACACAGGAAUACACUACCAUGGAGCAACAAUGGAUCUUUGCAUAACUGCUCCUGGGGUUAAGCCUAAACAAUUCAGUCAUUCUCGGCUUCACAUUCAGUUGGGAAAUGAUUACGUACAAAUAGGUCUCGCUGUAAAUCCAGUACUGUACGGGGACGUCCUGCCUCGGACUUUCGUCUAUACACACGCAGGUGGAAAAUCAUGUUACAAUAGCCAUUGUGAUGUGGGAAUGAUACUUGUUCGUCGAGAUGUUCCAUUGGGCAUGCCAUUUAAGCCAGUGUCGAUUCGUGGUAGUUCGGAAAGUCACUACGUAAUCUUCGGUCUAAUCAAGGACCAAGCAAAUGGCAAUUGGUGGCUGCAAUUGGGUGAUGAUGCAGAAGAAAUCGGAUUUUGGCCGGCACAAAGGUUUCCUCAAAGCUUUGGAAACAAAGUCGAGUGGGGAGGAGAAGUGUUUAGCGCAAACCAACCGAGUCCUGAAAUGGGAUAUGGAUUUCUUCCAGCUGCUUCAGUAGUUUAUGAUGCAUAUGUCAAACGUAUUGCCAUACUUGACGAUAAUUUUCACUUCGAUCAACAAGUGUAUCAUCUCGAAGAAUUUUCUGAUAACAUUCAGGGCUAUGGCGUGAUAGAUAGUCUCGAAUUCAAAGACCCUGAAGAGGGUCAUAUAAUCUAUUUUGGUGGUCCGGGAAAUAUCUAA